AUGAAACGGAACAAGGCAGUUUCCUCCCUUUUAUUAGCGGCAGUCGCGGGCGCUGGGACAGCAGCAGGGCAGUUCACAACCUCGACAACGGUAGCGCCCGUUGUCGUACCGCGCCAGACCAAUGCCGCAACUCUCGACCGCCGCGUAGUGGUCCAAACCGUCGAAGAGGUCAUUACCCAAACCAUUGCCGGUGGUGGGCGAACAUCAUCGUCCGGGGGCAUUGACGACAGCAAUCUCAACGAAAACGACCGCACGAUUAGAUCCUCAACGGACGGGAACAAUGAUGGGCAAUCAAAUGACAACACAUCCUCCUCCUCUUCCGGGCUCUCCGCCGGCGCAGCAGCAGGUAUCACCGCGGCCGCUCUCAUAGGCGUUGCACUACUCGGCGUGUUCGCGUUUCUUGCCUGGCGCCGGCGCCAGGGCGGCAUUCGGGGCGCAGUCGUGACGACGGGGUAUCCGAGAGAAGUUGGCGGUGGCGGUAAAAAGAAAAGACAUGGCGAUGGUGGCGGAGAAGGAGGAGGUAUGGAAGAGGGUGGUGUACCGGGAUCAGGGCCAGCAGAGCGAGGUCUAGGGCUUGGUUCAGGGCCUGAACAGGAUAUGACGGAAAGGCCGCUACCACCGCCGCCACCGACAGAGCAGAAUGGGUAUAAUCCAGCCCUUGCGACGGCGUGGACAGGAGGAGGAUAUGGGCCGCAUGCACGCGGAGUCGAGGAGCAGGAUCUGGGUGAACGUUCCGCGGGGUUCCCUUUCCCCCCAGCCGGGACCAGGCCAGGCCAUCCCGGGUUCGAUAUGGCGUCGGCGAGUGGAUAUCCGGCAUCACCACCGCAGCAACAGUACCAGCAAUACCUGUCCCAUAUGCAAAACGCCCAACAGACCCAGCGGCCCCAGCCCCAGCCCCAUCAACAGCGGCAGCUAUGGCACGGCCCAGAUCUCGGGGAAUUCCGGCCCGUAAGCGCCAUGACAGCCACCGACUCGCCAGGGCCUAUUCUCCCCGUCUCCCCCCUCACGCCCUACCGGCCAGAGAGCUCUGUCCUCGCUGCAGCGGCAGCAGCAGGACCACAACAACAACGUCCACUAUCCUCCUCUCGACGAACAUCCCGCAUGUCCCGCGCCUCACGCGCAUCCACCUUUCACCACCCCCUCCCGCCCAUGCCGAAUCCUCACAUCGCAACCGCUGCCAUUACCGCUUCCCCUAUCACCACAACCGAAACCAAUACCAACAAGCGUGUCACACCCAUCCUAUCCAGCCUCAGUAGCCCAGAUCUGCCGCCGUUCAUGAUCCCCGGCGGGAACAAGACCCGCGCCAUGAGUUUCUCCAGUGUAUCGCGAGUCGGGGGCAGUGGUGACGGGCCGCGUGUGCCGGAACUGAUAGGAUCGCCGCCACCACCUGUGCCCUCGAUGAUGGCGGUGGUCGAGGGCGGAGAGAGGAUGAUGUGGAAUGGUGCAGGAGGUGCGGGAGAGAGGAUGCCGAGGAGGAGUUAUACUGCGUUGCCCGUGAGUCGGCAAUAG